AGCAAAUCUUUCAACAAGGGGAGUCUGCUAGUAGCUUUCGUACGGUUCAGGUGAAUACAUAGUUCGGUAACAAGAGGUUUUCGGACCAUAGACACACUGUGCAAUCGUGGUCUCUCCCCUCGCUGUAAACUCUAAAUAAUAAUAAAUUUUGGUGGAGUCCAGACCCAAGUUAGCAGUGAAAACCAUUUUGGAAUAUUGGGCAAAGUUUAAAUUGGCCGUUUCCCUGAUCAGUGUUUAAUGAGUCAAAUUGUGUGCGGCAGCUAACAUGAAUUGAUAAUUUCAUAGAUUGCGGCAAGUAAAAAACCAACGCGAAGAAAAAAUAAAAUGACUCCAUCCAAUAUUGAAGAGAGAGCCCCGAAUCCACGGGAGACAGCCAACUUCAUAUCGAAAUUAUUUUUUUGGUACGUUAUUCCUGUAUUUUCCAAGACGCAAAAGGAAAACUCUUCAGUAGAUACUCUCUACAAACCACUGAAGGAACAUAAAUCCGAGCUUUUGGGGAAGAAACUUCAUAGCGCGUGGCAAAAAGAAGUCCACCGAGAAUUGAAUACAGGCCAUCAUCCAAAACUUUACCGUGCUAUUCUGCGCGUUUUCGGAGGAUUAAUAGUUGCUUUGGGGUUUGCUUUAUUCUGCUUAGACUUUUUUCUCAAAAUAACACAACCUAUAUUCCUAGGAUUGCUGGUGUCACGCUAUUCAGACUCCGAUCGUUCAUCCACAUAUUAUUAUGCAGGAGCCGUGGUACUCUGUAGCGUCCUUAAUGUGUUGUUUUCCCAUUCAAAUAUGCUAAACCAAUUCCAUUGUGGCAUGAAAAUUCGCGUGGCCCUUGUCAGCAUAAUCUACAGGAAAGCGUUGCGGUUGAGUAGGACAUCUUUGCAAAGUACUACCUCUGGCAAGAUUUUAAACCUUCUAACAAACGAUGUUGGAAAAAUCGAUAAUGCCAUGUUGGGCCUACAUCAGAUUUGGUUAGGGCCAUUGGAGACCAUUGUGGUCAUAGUUCUUGUAUAUCAACAAAUAGGCCUUUCAGCUCUCAGCGGCAUCCUGAUCCUGGGAUUGCUGUCUCCUGCUCAAUACUACAUGGGUCGAAAAAUGACGGAGCUACGUGGUCUUACCGCUAAACUAUCGGACGUUAGGAUUCGACUCAUGAAUGAAAUCAUUCAAGGAGUGCAAGUGAUUAAGAUGUACGCCUGGGAGAGGCCGUUUGAAGACCUUGUGAAAAACGCCCGUAAGGAGGAAGUUGGAAUGAUUCAGCGAAGCAAUUAUAUUCGGGGAACCAAUUUGUCUUGCAUGAUGUUUGUAUCCAGAAUCGCCAUUUUUACCAGUCUCGUGGUUUAUGCUUUGCUAGGGCAGGUGGUAACGGCGGAGAAGGCAUUCGUUAUUACCGCCUACUACAAUAUAUUACGGCAAGUGAUGACCGUCCAGUUUCCACGAGGUAUCGAACAACUGGGUGAGACUGCUGCAUCCUUGAAGCGUAUCCAAGACUAUAUGCUGCUUGAUGAGAGGAAGCCCAAUUCAAAAACGAAUCUCAACAAUAAAGAGACUCGUGAUCCUACUGAAGUUACUCCGUUACUUUCAAGGAAUAUCCGAGAAUCCGAUUUGAAACCAAUGUUAGCAUUAAGUAGAGUCACAGCGAAAUGGACUAAGGAAGAUAGUAAGCCCACUCUAGAUGGGAUCACUUUAACCAUAAGACCUGGUGAACAGGUAGCGCUUAUUGGAAAAGUCGGAUCGGGAAAGUCGAGUAUUCUUCAAGCCAUUCUCGGAGAGCUGCCUAUUACUUCCGGCCGUAUCGAGACUAAUAAUGCCACCAUCUCAUAUGCUUCACAAGAGCCAUGGCUCUUCAAUGGAACUAUUCAGGAAAAUAUCCUAUUUGGGAGGUGUAUGGAUUUGGAAAGGUACAAUGAGGUGGUCACGGCAUGUGCUCUACAAGAUGAUUUCAAUCUGCUAAGAAACGGUGACCAAACUUUGGUAGGCGAUCGAGGUCAAUCGCUCUCCGGGGGACAAAAAGCUCGUAUAGGGCUAGCUCGGGCAGUAUACCGUGAAGCGAAUAUUUAUCUUCUUGAUGAUCCUUUAAGUGCUGUUGACUUACAAGUAGGACGUCACCUAAUCAAUAAUUGCAUCAACAAACUUCUACGGGAACAAAUCGUCCUUCUGGUCACACAUCAACUCCAGUUCCUUAGUGGAAUCGACAGAAUAGUUGCCGUAGAUGAUGGGAAAAUAAAUUUCAUAGGCGAGUUCGCAGAAUUGGAGGAACUUCAUCCGGAGUUCAAGGAAUUGAAUAAAAGACCCGUUCAAGGAGACGAACUGGCCAAUAGCAAAUCAGUGGUGGAUGGAAAUGAGAAGAAGAUGGACAAGCAACAGAAUGGACACAUUUCGAACAAUCCUAAUGUUCAGAGACAAAAUGCAGAGUCCCAAAAACAGGGAGGUAUUGGAGCCCAGCUCUAUAUGAAAUACAUUCGACUUGGAGGUGGUUUCAUGCUUUUUAUCAUUACUAUGGUAUUUUGUAUAACCACUCAAUCCUUUGCAUCUGGCAGUGACUAUUUCUUAGCCUUCUGGGUUAACCGCAACAUCAAUGUUACUGCUGGAAUCUCUACCGAAACUGACAAUUCUGCUCUAGUGAAUAAUGAGACCAUCAUAGAAGUACCCCCGACCCAGAUGGAAACUGUCGAUAAACUACCAAUUUAUAUUUUUACGGUCCUGACCGCAGGGACAAUAUUGGUCACGUUAUCCAGAACUUACCUCCUAUUCAAAAUGGCCAUGAAGGCUUCCAUAGGUCUUCAUAACGCUAUGUACCAAGGGAUCAUCCGGGCUGCGAUGUAUUUCUUCCGAACGAAUCCAGUCGGCCGGAUCAUGAAUCGAUUCUCAAAGGACAUGGGUCUGGUGGAUGAAAUGCUCCCAACUGUAAUGAUUGAGGUCAUCCAAAUUGCAAUGGCGCUGAUUGGAGUGAUUGUAAUUGUGGCCAUGGUGAAUCAGUGGUCCUUGCUUUUGACUGCGGGUAUGGCUGUGAUGUUUUUUUAUUUAAGGCGUAUCUAUUUGAAUACAUCGAGGGAUCUCAAGAGAAUGGAUGGAAUAACUCGCUCCCCAAUUUAUUCACAUACCAUUGAGACGUUAAAUGGCCUCUCGACAAUCCAUGCAUUUUCGGCUGAGGAAAAUCUGAUCCAGAUAUUUGAUUCUCACCAGGAUACGCACAGCUCCGUGUUUUAUACUCUGCUUUCAAUACGCCAAGCUUUUGGAUUCUUCCUGGACUUAGUUUGUAUUAUUUACAUAAUUUUUGUAACUUUUGUUGUCUUAGAUAGUAAAACGGCUGGAGAAGUUGGCUUGGCUAUUACGCAAGCCAUCGGGAUAACUGGAAUGCUUCAAUGGGGUGUCAAGCAAUCGGCUGAGAUGGAAAACUUAAUGACUUGUGUCGAGCGAAUCGAUGAAUAUGGGAAUAUUAAAAAAGAAGAAAGUGAGGAGGAGAAGGAUCCACCCACGACGUGGCCGCAGGAAGGAUCCAUCGAGUUUGAAAACAUAUCGCUCUGGUAUUCUCCUGAUAAAGCUGAUGACGCUAUCUUAAGGAAUAUAUACCUGCGAAUUCUCCCUAAAGAAAAAGUUGGAAUUGUCGGACGAACCGGGGCUGGGAAAUCAUCACUAGUGAAUGCUAUAUUGCGAUUGGCACAUAUUGAGGGUUCGAUCAAGAUAGAUGGCCAGGACAUAAUGCAAGUGCCUCUCGAAACCUUGCGACGAAAAAUCUCAAUUAUUCCACAAGAACCCAUUCUAUUUUCGGGAUCCCUUCGGUAUAACUUGGAUCCAUUCAGUGAAUACUCCGACUAUGCUAUCUGGGAGACUCUGGAGCAAGUCAGCCUCAAAGAAACAGAAAAAAUGACCAACGGUCUGGAAACAAAAAUAUCCGAGGGAGGACAUAAUUUAAGCUUCGGAGAAAGACAAUUGAUUUGCCUCGCUCGAGCUAUUCUCCGUGAGAACAAGAUACUUUUUAUGGAUGAAGCCACGGCUAAUGUGGAUAGACAAACUGAUGCUUUUAUCCAGCAAACAAUUCGGGAAAAGUUUCAGGACUGCACCGUUCUUGUGAUUGCACAUCGUCUCCAUACUGUGAUGGAUUUAGACAGACUUCUUGUGAUAGAUAAUGGUCGUGUAGUUGAAUUUGGUCCUCCGUAUUCAUUGUUGGCACGCGAAGGAUCGAUUGUCAAUAAGAUGGCGAAAGAGGCUGGUCAAUCUACAUAUGACCAUCUUUUGGAUAUUGCAAAAAAAACUGCCUAGUCGCCAAUUCUUCUUUAAGGAAUAGUACAUGCCGUAUAGGAUAGAACUUCUGGGUUGCCUCGUGAAGGACGAAUUUUAUUUUUAAUUACUUUUUAAGCUGAAGAUUUUAUUUAUUUACGUGCUGUGUCUGUUUUUUGUAUUAUGAAUUAAAAAGUCCCUGAAUUGUUUCAGAAAAUUUAAAA